UUCCGGGUAACGUGCGUCAGAUGACCUCAGUCCAUCGGACCAAGAUAAACAACACUGUUUAGUGCCGUGGCUAGCAACUGUUAAGGAGCUUGUAUUCACCGAAAUUAAAGAUGGCAAAGAAACCGGAGGACUUCGGAGGUUUAUGGCUGUGAUUACGAUAAACAAAUCUCUAGCCACAAUCUGGAUUGCUCUCUUCAGCCAUGUCGUCACGUGUGUUGCUGAGGCAGCAGCUGAUGCGAGAACAAGCCCAGGAGCAGGAGCGACGUGAGGCCCAGCAGCAGGCCUCUGCCUCUCAGCUCCGGGCCUCUGACUCCACUCCAGCCAUUUCUGUCACACUGCCCCCAAAUGCUGCCCGUCCCCCUCCAGCACAGGUGCCUGUGGAGGUGCUGAAAGUGCAGACCCACUUGGAGAACCCCACCAGGUACCACAUCCAGCAGGCACAGAGGCAACAGGUGAAGCAGUACCUUUCCACCACUCUGGGCAACAACGCGACUACUCAGACCAUGGGUGUGUCCCCUGUGCCGCAGUCCAGUUCUGCCCCUGAAGUCGCUCCUACUGCCAGCAGUGUCCCUAACAGUCCUAUGGCUCUGCUUAACAUCGGAUCCAACAAGGAGGAAAUUGACGAUGUGAUCGACGACAUCAUUAGUCUUGAAUCCAGUUUUAAUGACGACAUCAUUACGUUGAUUGACUCAGGUCUUCAGUUGCCCAGCACGCUCCCAGGAAAUCUUUUGGAUAUAUACCACAGCCCUGGAAUGGCAGCACCUACUUUCACUGUCAGCAACUCCUGCCCUGCUGAUCUUCCAAAAGUUAAAAGAGAAAUUACUGAUGCAGAUAACAAAGCACUUAUGAAAGAAAGGCAGAAAAAAGACAACCAUAAUCUUAUCGAGAGGAGGCGAAGAUUCAACAUCAAUGACCGUAUAAAGGAGUUGGGAACUUUGAUACCCAAGUCAAGUGACCCAUAUCACAAUGAUGUCAGCGAGAUGCGCUGGAAUAAAGGCACCAUACUGAAAGCUUCCGUAGACUACAUCAGGAAGUUGCAGAAGGAGCAGCAAAGAGCCAAGGAUAUUGAGAUGCGUCAGAAAAAGCUGGAACAUGCAAACCACAGUCUAAUGUUACGCAUCCAGGAACUGGAAAUGCAGGCACGUCUUCACGGCCUGAGCUCCGACCCCUCUCUGCUGCAUCAACAGCAGGUCCCACAUAGUGGCCCGUCUCUGUCUCCCAGUGCAGGAGGAGUCUCCUCCCAAAACCUUCUAAAUCUGGGCAUGGCAGGCAUUGGACAGCCUCUGCCAGCCUCCUUCCUGUCCCCGCCCUCCUCGGACUCUCCUGCAGGAGUCACCAUCAGCAGCCCCCUGGACCUGGGCAGCCUGAGCUUUGCCGAGCUAGACGACACCUCUGCCUCUGCACUCUAUCCUGACGUGGGCUUGGGAGACAUUCUAAUGGACGAUGGGUGCACCCUGUCUCCAGAGAGGGCGGUGGAGCCGCUGUUUUCUCCUUUGUCACCAGGUGCCUCUAAAACCAGCAGUCGCAGCAGCAGCCUUGAAAUGGACGAGGACUUGUGAUGAGUUCCGUUUGGCGGUCAGGGACUGUCUAUAAGGACCAGAAUGUCAGGAAGUGCAGUUUAUCCUUAAAUAACGUGAGUCUAUUUCUAGGACUGUAGAACUGAAAUCAAAAAAGCAAAAAUGGCUAACAUUGAGAUCUAAACUAAUAUACAUGUUGAGGAGAGUGUGUUCUUCUUGAUUUCUUUUUUUUUUUUUUUUACAAUACAGACCUAAUUAUUAUUGUUCCUCUUUGAAGCUGGUCAGAUGAUCAUGUCUGGGUUUAUAAAUGCAAUUUUAUUCAAAUGGAAUGUUGUACAAUACGGACAUGGCAUUAAGAGGUAAUACGUUAUUAAAUAGUUUUAUAAAAAAAUUUAAGAGAUUUAAGAGGGAUAUAAAGGUUGCUUGAAUUUAUAAUGUGCUCAUUUAUAGAGAAGAGAGCUGUGAGGUUUCUUUUAUCACAACACUGGCAUAACAAAGUUGAUUAAGAGAUGCCAACAUAAUAUAUAUAUAUAUACACAUACAUAUAUAUAAAUUUCUUCUUUUUUUGUGUGUGUUUUUUAACUGACUGGAAUCAGGGUUUAAUAAUAGCAGUUGCAUGCUCAUCCAUGUUGGGUUGUUUCACCAGCAGCUACAGAAGGGAUCUUUGUAAGGGGAAUUGGCACAUUGUUAAAUAUUUACUGCAUAUUGUAUAUAAGAAUAUUUUAUUUUGAGCAAUAUUAUUGCACCUUAUUUUAUGGCUAGUCUAUGCAUUUUAUGAGAGCUUUUGUCUGUUUUUAUUACUAUCACAGAACACAGUGGACUGCUAAUGCCCGGGUUGCAUGUAUUUGUAAUGAACCUUAAAAGCAAUGGAAAAUCACUUGCUGCUGCAGCUAGUUAGCCAAAGCAGAACUUCUGCCACAAUAGCUACAAAUUACAAAUAAGCGUUUUUAUUUUUGAAUAUAUUCACUCUGUCGAUGGAAAUGCAAGACAGUAUGAGAAAUGCAGAACAAGUUUUACUUUUUACAAUAGUACUGUAGUUCAUCGCAUUAGUUUUUUGAUACCUGAAUAAUAGUUUGAUAAGUAGUUUCUCCUGACUAAUCUCUGUGCUGUCAGUGAGUGUUUGCCCGUUAACCUCGGCGGUCACUGAGUGAUUUUUUCUGGUUAGCAUGUUCUACCAAGAUUGUGGCUUCUUCUUCUUUUUUGAUGAUCAAAAGCGAUAUAUCUAAUAAUGCAUUAUUGCUAGACAUUGUAGUAUGACUUUAGAGGGCUUUGGCCUUCUUUUAAACCAACCACUAGCCUCAUGUCUGUAAUGAUAACCUAUAACUGUUUGUUGUGUGAAGCCUGAAAUGCAAUUAUUAUUAAAUAAAAUAGCCACAACAUUUAGAAAGGCAUUUAAUU